GUACCAGUUGGUGGCGGUAAUGCACCAAGAGGUUGUUUGCUAACCGCUAUUAAAACUCAAAAGAAGUCUAAUCGCCGUAGAGUUCAUGGCUGCCGGGCAAAGUGAAACGCUAGUUGUAUGUGAUGAACUCAGGACGUUUCAGCAGUCGUGGGAGGAAGAAUUUGCGUUUGUGGAGCUGCAGACAAACGUGGACAUGAUCAAACCUCUGGUGAAGGCAGCAUCCCGCCCCGGGUGUAGUGCAGAGCUCGGGGGCUUUGCUGGGCUGUUUGACCUGAAGGCUGCAGGAUUUGGGACAGAUGGAGUUGGGACCAAGCUGAAGAUGGUCCAGGCCUGCAGGCAGCUUGACGGUCUUGGUCAGGACCUGGUGGCCAUGUGUGUGAACGAUGUUCUCGCUCAGGCUGUCGAGCCGCUCUUCUUCCUCCGUGACUUUACCUGCAUCAGGCUGGACAUCGAUGUAGCCGCCUCAGUGGUCAGCGGCAUCGCAAAGGCCUGUGAGAAGGCUGGAUGUGCUCUGCUGGGUAACCAUUACCUGAGUCAUGUCAUGUUUAGUAUUUGCUGACACCUUUUUCCUAGAUAAUAAACACUUAAAUGUAUAUGUAGCUGUAGUAUCUGUCUGUGCCACCAGCUGGAGCCUUUUGCUGUUUAAUUUUGUAGCAACAAGGGCAGGUGGGUAGUUCCAUGCUGGCAACUAAAACCCACCUUGUUUCCACGUGUCCAUAAAUCUGUAUAAUAAGUGGACUACGCCCCCUGAUGUUCAACACAAGGGAUAAACCUAAGCACAGUUGUCUCAUCAGUUUUUACUGUCCAGUUGCAGGAUGUACAAAGAAAUACAAUAUAUGUAUGUUCUGUAAACUAACUCCACUAUUUUAUGAUGACACAUUUACACAAUUUACUGUCAACAUAGUUAAACUACUCAAUAGUAAUUAAUUUUUUCCACUUCCUGGUCCAACAGACGGCAGAGUUUUGCAAACAUGACAUUCCCAUCAGCCUUAUUUGUGUUUAGUGCUAAUUAUAAAAUGUUAGCAAGGUGUUAAACAUUUCGUGUAAAGAUAUUUCUUUAACAAAAAAGAUAAAUUAAUGCCUAUUCAGGUCUUAACUGUAAAAAAAAAAAAAAAAAAAAAACCUGAUCGAAACUAAAUAAUUUCCACAUCUAAAAAUCUAACCACUAAAUUCAAAUAAUUAGUAAAUAAUUUCUAGGUAUUUGCCUUUUUUGAAAGAAUUAUGUAUAUGAAAUUUAGUGUGGUUUUUUUUUUGCAAUUUUUCCCAUGUAUUGCUAAUGUCCCCUUGUGGGACUAAUAAAGGAUAUUCUGUUCAGUUCUGUUCUAUUAAUUACAGAUAAUAUCUCAUGAAAUCUCUGGAAAAGUAUUAAAUGACACUUAGAGUGUGAAUAUAUAUAUGUAUGUUAUAACAUAAUUUAUUUCUUGCAAUAUUUUACCAUAUUGCACUUUGUGCUAUAUUUAAAUCAUCAAAAAUAUUGCUAUUUUGCAGAUAUUUGUUGUCUUUUUACAGAAAGAUUACCUAUAUGAAUGAAUAAAAACUGGAAAAAUAUUUUUAAAGUUAUUUUGCAAAAUUUUCCUGUUCUGUUUAAUUAAAGAUAAUAGUAAAAAUCUAAUAAAAUCUUAGAAAAUAAAAAGUGACAUGCUGACUGCUGGAUCCCUCAAUUUCAUUUCAGAUUGCUGAAAUAUAUUUUGUUUUGAUUUUGACUGUAAAAAAGAACAAUAAAAUUAUACCAUCAUU